AUGCAUAAAGCAAAGCGACCUUAUAGAAGACAUAGUGCUAAAGUUGAUGAUGCUGAAUCCUCUCCUGUUUGUGAUGAACAAGAAACGAUUGAAACGUUCACUUGCGAAGAAUGUGGCGUACUCUUUACUUCAGAGCUGGACCUCAAAAAACAUGGUUCGAUUCACAAAGCUAAGCGACCCUAUAAGAGACAUAGCGUAAAAGUCGAGGUCGCCGAAUCCUCUCUCGUUUGUGGCGAAUGUGGUAAAAGUUUUACCGAUGCGAAGAUUUUCCAAAAACAUUCUUUGUCGCAUAAGAAGCAUCCUUGUACCGAUUGUUCUAAAAGUUUUGCUACUAUUACAGGAUUGCAGAAGCAUAAGAAUGGCAAAUGUAAAUCCACUGCCUCAGCUGCAGAAAAAGUAGAGGGGGCUGUAAAAAGCGAAAAAGGGGCGGAGGAAAAUGAAGCCGAGGAUAAGAAGCACGUUUGUGGCAUAUGUGGCAAAAGUUUUUCGAGGAAGAGCAGUUUGGAAGGCCAUGUGAUUGUUCACUUGACUGAAGAGGAAAAUGAGAGCGAAAUUGACGACGAGUUCAAGGACCACGAUUAUGUCCAAGGGGUGCAGGAGAAAGAGAAGAUCGAUCCGGAGCCCCCACGCCUGCCGAAACUCAAAAUCAGAACAAAGUUUCGCUGUAACAACUGCGAGGAAGUUUUUACGACCGAUGAAGACCUCAAAAAGCAUGAUGAGCAAACUCACAAAAGUAAGGUUGGCAUCAAAGUGGAAGAAGAUCAUCUUAUCGUCAAGGUGAAGCAGGAACCGGAAGAAAAGAAAUACGACUGCAGUUUUUGUAGUGAAAGUUUUUUGUCGAGGAAAAAGCUUGAGGGUCACUACGUAGACGCUCACGAUGCGAAAAAUGUGAAGAGAAAAUACACCCCUUCUCGUCGCCCUGCCGAGAAAGAUGCUACUUUUCUUUGCCAGAUAUGCGACAAGGUCUUCGGGCGUAAGAGUCGCCUGAAGAAACACCUGCUGUUCCACGAGAAUAAGCUCGAAGAAGAUGUCAGUUCCGACGGAAUGGAGAGCAACAGAAAACGGAAGAGUAAGGCCAAGAACUACCCUUGCGAAACCUGCGGAAGGCGUUUUGCCGGAAGGAUCUGUCUGGAGAAACAUAUGCUGAAGCACUCGGAGUCCAAGAACGAGGAUGCUCCGUCCUCUUCGAACGGAGAAACUCCGACUCCGAAACGGCGGAAGAACGUGAAAGAGUUGAUAUGCGAGUUUUGUAAGGAAGACUUCACCGGCCGGAAGAACGCUUUCAUCAAACACCGGAACCUUCACACUCCGGAGGUGUGUGGGAUCUGUGACGAAAGAUUCGUGGACAGGCAGGCUCUGAGAGAACACUGUAAAUCGCAUAUCGGUACGGAGGAGGCUCGUGUUUUCUUGGAAUGCAGCCAAAAAGCAUUUAACGCUAAAAAUGGUAUCGUACCGCCAGAACCGAAAGUGGAGUACAUAUACUUAGUUCUUCGUUGA